GUGACUGUUUUGUUUCCGGGUACGGGGGACUGUGUCUUAACGCGGCAAGGCAGUUGAGUUCGUGAAGAAAGACACAUCCUCUAACUACACAGCAAGAUGUCGAAGAUUGAAAAGAUGAGCAUCCUUGGAGUGAGGAGCUUUGGGGUAGAAGAUAAAGAUAAACAAGUCAUCACCUUCUUCAGCCCCUUAACAGUGCUAGUAGGACCCAAUGGGGCUGGCAAAACAACUAUUAUUGAGUGUCUUAAGUACAUCUGCACUAGUGACUUUCCUCCAGGGACUAAAGGAAAUACAUUUGUCCAUGAUCCAAAGGUUGCCCAUGAGACAGAUGUCAGAGCUCAGAUUCGCUUGCAGUUCAGAGACGUCAAUGGGGAGUUGGUUGCUGUCCAAAGAUCAAUGGUUUGCACCCAAAAAGGCAAGAAAACUGAAUUUAAAACAUUGGAAGGGGUCAUCACAAGAAUGAAGCACGGUGAGAAGGUGAGCCUGAGUUCCAAGUGUGCGGAGGUGGACAGGGAGAUGAUCUCUGCUUUAGGGGUUUCCAAAGCUGUCCUCACUAAUGUCAUCUUCUGCCACCAAGAAGAAUCAAACUGGCCCCUGAGUGAGGGAAAGGCCGUGAAACAGAAGUUUGAUGAAAUUUUCUCAGCCACAAGAUACAUCAAAGCUUUAGAGAUGCUGCGCCAGGUGCGUCAGAAGCAAGGCCAUCGUGUGAGAGAGUGCCAGACAGAGCUGAAAUACCUCAAGCAAAACAAGGAGAAAUCACAAGAAAUACAGGACCUGCUCAGCAGCAAAGAAUCCCAACUAGCAGCAUCGAUAGAAAACGUGCAAACUAUAGAGAGUAAAAUUCAACCCAUAGAGAACCGCCUGAAAGACAUUGAUCAAAACCUGGUCAAAGUGAUGAAGCUCGAUAAUGAUAUAAAAGCGCUGGACAGCAGGAAGAAGCAAAUGGAAGAAGACAACUGUGAACUGGAGGAAAAAAUGGAGCAGGUUUUCCAAGGGACCGACGAUCAGCUGAGAGAAAUGUACCAGAAUCACCAGAGAACUGUGAGGGAGAAGGAAAGGCGAUCAAACGAUUGUCAACGUGAACUGGAACGAGCCAGCAAAGAGUGCCAGAGACUAAACCGACAGAAAUCUGACCUGUUGGUAGAGCAAGGCCGUCUACAGUUGCAAGCAGACCGUCACCAGCAGAGCAUUAAAAGUCGGGAUUCCCUGGUGCAGUCUCUGGCUGCCCACCUUGAGAUGGAUGGUUAUGAAAGAACACCUUUCAAUGAGCGGCAGCUCAAAAGCUUCCAUGCACAGGUGAAGGAAAGGCAAGAAAAAGAAAUGGAGGCGACUAACCAAAUGAUGAGGGAAUUCAGAGAGAAAGAAGCAAUGAAACAGCAGUCUAUCGAUGAGAUAAGAGAUAAAAAGACAGGACUGGAGCAAACCGUAUACCUGAAGCAGGACAUUCAAAGCAAAAAGCAGCUGGAGCUGAAAGCUGUCAAGUCGGAGCUUCAGAAGUUGGAGGGAUCAUCAGACAGAUUGCAGGAGCUGGAGCAGGAACUCGUGAAAGCAGAGCAGGAGCUGGGUAAUGUGGUGGAGGGCUCCAAUGUAGAAAGUUUAAAAUCAGAGGUUACUGCACUUCAGCAGGAGAAAGUGGAGCUUGACCGAGCCCAACGCAAACUGGACCAGGAGAUGGAGUUGCUAAACAUGCACACAACAACAAGAACACAAAUGGAAAUGCUAAAAAAAGAUAAGGCUGAUAAGGAUGAACAAAUCAGAAAAAUCAAAUCCAGACACAGUGAUGAUCUUGUGUCCCUAUUGGGAUAUUUUCCGAACAAAAAACAGCUGGAGGACUGGAUCUACGCAAAGAAUAAGGGGAUCAACCACACGAGAGAGAAGCUUUAUAAACUAAAUAAGGACUUGGCUUCAGGAGAACAGAAUAAAAGUCACAUUAGCACUGAGAUCAGACAAAAGGAGCAGCAGCUGGCAAACUACGAGGAGAAGCUUUUCGAUGUGUGCGGAAGUCAAGAUUUUGAAUCGGACCUGAGUAAACUGCAAGAUGACAUUGAAAAGUGUUCCAAGCAAAGAGCCAUGCUUGCUGGAGCCACAGCUGUGUACACGCAGUUUAUUAGCCAGCUGACUGAAGAUCAGGAGCCCUGCUGCCCUGUCUGCCAGAGGAUCUUCCCAUCGGAGGCAGAGCUACAAGACGUGACCAAUGACUUGCAGUCGAAGCUGCGGCUUGUCCCAGACAAACUGAAGAACACUGAACUAGACCUGAAGAGAAGGGAAAAAAGACGAGAUGAGAUGAUGGCGCUCAAGCCUAUAAGGCAAACAAUAUCCGAGUUAAAGGAAAAAGACCUACCUGAGCUACGAAACAGAGUGCAGAAUGUAAACCGUGAUAUUGAACAUCUCAAGAGCGAUAUUGAGGAGCAGGAGACACUUAUAGCAACCCUGAUGUCUGAAGAGGAGACUGCAAAAGCUUGUCUCCAGGACAUCUCACUUAUGGACAGAUACCAGAUGGACCUGAGAGAUGUGGAGCGGAGAAUUGCUCAGCAGGCUGCCAGGCUCCAAGGGGUGGACUUGAGCCGCACUGUCCAGCAGGUGAAUCAGCAGAAACAAGAGACACAACUUAAACUGGACACGGCAUCCAGCAGAAUUGAGCUGAAGCGGAAAAUGAUCCAAGAUCAGCAGGAGCAGAUCCAGUCCUUAAAAAGCAAUGUUCAUGAAAUCAGAGCAGAAAAACUGCAGAUUUCCAGCGACAUGCAGCGCCGUCAGCAGCUGGAGGACCAGUGUGCUGAUCUGACAACAGAGAUACAGUCUUUGUAUAGAGAGCUACGGGAUGCUAAAGAGCAGGUAUCUCCACUUUUAGCUAACCUGGAAAAACUUCAGCAAGAGAAACAGGACUUAAUUGAAAGGAAGAACCACAAAAAUGAUGAAGCAAUGGAGAAGAUAAACACAAUUAAAGAAAAGGUUAAAAACAUCAGUGCCCAUGAGAGAGAAAUAGAGAAAUACGUUCAAGAAGGGAAGGAACAGUACAAAGAGCAAAAAGAGAUGGAACUGCAGGACACAAAUUCACAGCUGCACGAGGCUGAGCGACAGAGGGAGAAGAUUAACAAAGAAAUCGGUAGCAUCCGACAAGACAUUGACACGCAGAAGGUCCAAGAGAGGUGGCUGCAAGAUAACUUGACACUACGCAAGCGGAUGGAAGAGCUAAAAGAAGUUGCAGCUAAAAGGAAGGAACUUUUAAAAGAAAUGGGAGAGAUGCAAGUGAUGCAGCUUAGAAAUGAACGCAAAGAGCUGGAAAACAAAGUGGAAGAUUAUAAAAAGAAUCGGAGCUUGGCAAUGGGCAGGCAGAAGGGAUUUGAAGAGGAGAUCAUUCGCUUCAAGAAAGAGCUGCGAGAGCCUCAGUAUCGGGAUGCAGAAGAGAAGUUCAGAGACAUGAUGAUUGUAAUGAGGACCACCGAGCUGGCAAAUAAGGACUUGGAUAUUUAUUACAAAACACUAGAUCAGGCAAUCAUGAAAUUCCAUAGCAUGAAAAUGGAAGAGAUCAACAAGAUUAUCCGGGACCUUUGGAGGAGCACCUACCGAGGACAAGACAUCGAAUAUGUGGAGAUCCGAUCUGACGUUGAUGACAAUGUUUCGGCGGAUAAGAGGAGGACCUACAACUACCGAGUUGUGAUGGUUAAAGGUGACACAGCUCUGGAUAUGAGAGGGAGGUGCAGUGCUGGACAGAAGGUUCUUGCUUCACUCAUCAUUCGUCUGGCCCUGGCUGAGACAUUCUGUUUAAACUGUGGAAUCCUGGCUCUGGAUGAGCCGACCACAAAUCUUGAUCGAGAAAACAUAGAGUCCCUGGCACAUGCCUUAGUCGAGAUAAUUAAGAGUCGUUCCCGCCAGCGUAACUUCCAGCUGCUGAUUAUUACACACGACGAAGACUUCGUGGAGCUUUUGGGUCGCUCAGAGUAUGUGGAGCAUUUCUACAGGAUCAAAAAGAACAUUGAUCAGUGUUCUGAGAUUGUGAAAUGCAGUGUGAAUACACUCGGCUCAUACCUUCACUAACUAGAAGAAAACUAAUGUAAUGCACAAUUAGUAAUACAGUUUAAUAUUCAAGCCUGCAAUAGCUGUUUAGACCAAUUGUAUUCAUUGAUUAAUAUCAAUUGCAUCUGUGAUUUAAGCGUUCUAUCUUUUUUGUGUAAAAGCUCUACUCCUUAAAAUCUAAUUAAAUGGGAGGGAGCUGCACUGUGUGCGUUUUUGUUUUCUAGUUUAAUUCUAGUGAUAAUUCUGUUAAUUACUGUGUUACAAGUAAAUAUUUGUCAAAGGUACAGUUAAUUAACUGCAUUAACAUUGAACAAUUGGGGCACAGAGUAUUUGUUCAAAGUAUUUGUAACUUGACUGAAAGGAAGUCAUAAAGGAGUUUCCCAAUAUAAAAAAAAAUUAUAUAUAACGGAAGUUAUUUACAGAAUUGCUGUCAUUUUGGAGAUAAGCUGUCUGUCUUCACAGAGAGAAGUUGAAAGAGAGAAGUUGGAAGGAAAUAACUACUGUAGCUAAAAAUUGUCAUGUAUCUAGUGUUUUAGUUGAAUAGUUUAACUGCAUCUUACAAGGUAAUUGUUUGCAGAUUUUGUGAAUGUUUAACAAAAAAAAAAAAAAUCUGCUUUUUUGUGAAGUUCUUUUCUUUCAUGAUAUGUUGUUUUGUGUUUUU